AAUGAAUGGAAAUGACUGACAUCAUGACAACCAUCAGACAAAGAAAGGGUGGAAGAGUUGCAGAACUGGCUGAAGAACAGCUUUCAGAGGAGAAGAAUGUGAAGCCUGAUGGAAAAAUUCAAUCUGAUCAUACAGGUGGGAAGCUGUGGAACAUACUUUCACUAACAGUUGGUGGGAUUGUUGCCAUCUGUCUUGGACUUCUUACUUCGGUUUACAUUGCUACACUGCAUGAAAAUGACCUCUGGUUUUCCAAUAUUAAGGAAGUAGAAAGAGAAAUUUCGUUCAGAACAGAAUGUGGACUCUAUUAUUCCUACUACAAGCAGAUGGUUCAGGCUGCAUCCAUCCAGCAAGGUUUACAUGGUUUAGUAUAUGACAAUAAAACUGAAUCUGUGAGGACAAUUAACAUACUUGAAAGAAUGAAUGUUUACCAGGAGGUGUUUCUCAGCAUUCUGUAUAGGAUUCUUCCAAUUCAGCAAUACUUAGAACCUGUUUAUUUUUAUAUCUACACUUUAUUUGGACUUCAGGCAGUUUAUGUCAUUGCUCUGUAUGUAACAAGCUGGCUUCUUAGUGGAACAUGGCUUUCAGGGUUGUUGGCAGCUUUCUGGUAUAUAACAAACAGAAUAGAUACUACAAGAGUAGAAUUCACCAUUCCUUUAAGAGAGAACUGGGCACUGCCGUUCUUUGCAGUUCAAAUAGCAGCCAUCACAUACCUACUCAGAACUCAUUUACAGCCUGCUCACGAGAGGCUGACACUUCUGGCUAUAUUCAUAGCAACCUUCCUCUUUAGCCUGACUUGGCAAUUUAAUCAGUUUAUGAUGCUGAUACAGGCACUGGUGUUAUUCAUACUAGACUGCUUUGACAUGCUUCCCACAGCAAAGGUUAUGUGGCUCUAUAUCAUUCAAAUUUCUGGAUUACUGCUAGUCUGUGUCCUGCAGUUCUUUAAUUCUAUGAUUCUUGGAUCAUUACUUAUCAGUUUUAAUGCUUCUGUGUUGAUUGCAAGGACAAUUCAGAAAAAUCUAAAAAAGGGAAGCUUGCUUAGUAGGCUUGGGAAACUUUUUCUCCAUGUGCUAUUUGUCUCAUGCUUGACUCUUCUAGUAAAUAAACUCAUCAAGAAAAUUCUAAAUCUUGAGUCAGAUGAACAUAUAUUCAAAUUCCUGAAAGCAAAAUUUGGAUUUGGCGCAACAAGAGAUUUUGAUGCUAACCUGUAUCUUUGCGAAGAAGCUUUUGGUCUACUACCAUUAAAUACUUUUUCAAGACUCUCGGAUACAUUACUUUUUUACGUCUACAUAUUUGUUCUCUUCCCUAUGACAAUAGCAGCUGCAAUUGUUGCCUUUCAGAACCUUAGUGGUUCAACUAAAGCUGGAAAAUCCAUGGAAAAAAUGGAAGACUGCACAAUAGCACUGAAGCCUGGGGCUGCUUACAACUUGAUUCACACAGUUCUUUUUGGAUGUUUGGCAUUAAGCACAAUGAGAAUGAAGUACCUCUGGACAUCCCACAUGUGUGUAUUUGCAUCUUUUGGUCUGUGUAGUACAGAAGUAUGGGGACUGAUCCUGAAAUGUGUUCGUCUCUACACAUCACGAAGGACAUAUGUGAUUAGAUAUUCUCUCACAAUAAUUACAUUACUGUACAUUUCAUAUAAGUUCUGGCCAGGAAUAAUGGAUGAACUGUCAGAGCUGAGAGAAUUCUAUGACCCAGACACUGUGGAGCUGAUGAACUGGAUUAAGUCAAACACUCCAAACACAGCAGUGUUUGCUGGGAGCAUGCAGCUACUAGCAGGAGUCAAACUGUGCACUGGACGGGUCUUAACUAAUCAUCCCCAUUAUGAAGAUAAGCAUCUGAGAGAGAGAACAAAACAGAUUUAUCAGAUUUAUGCCAAGAGAUCUCCUGAAGAUGUUUACAGAAUACUGCGAUCCUUUGGCACAGAUUAUGUGAUCCUAGAAGACAGUAUAUGUUAUGAAAGAAGACAUAGUAGAGGCUGUCGGUUACGUGACCUCCUUGAUGUAGCUAAUGGUCAUAUCAUGGAUGGUUUGGGAGAGAAUGAACCUGAUUUGAAACCUUCGUUGUAUCCUCGCUUCUGUGAGGAAAUUAAAAAAAAUCUGCCUUCUUAUACUGUACGCUUCACCAGAGUGUUUCAAAAUAAGACAUUCCACGUUUACAAGCUUGCUAAGCAUAAAUAACAUUUCCAACAAUGGCUUCAAGUUCAGUAUUUUAAUCCUAGAGUCCACAUUAGAAGAUGCAGAAGUUUGUGAAGAAGUUUACAAAUGUAACACAUUUGUAGUACAUUUUACAUUAAUAACUUGUUUAAUUUUUUUUAAAAAAACAAAAGACUGCCUCAUUUUGAUAACAUUCUUGAUGUUGCCAAAAUUUUCAUAGAUUCACAAGUAUAUGCUAGCAGGGACUAUUUUAAUUAUCUAGUCUGACCUUCUGAAUACCUAGGAUAUACAUUCUUUCCAUUUUUAACCAACCAAAAGACACAAAAUGAGCUGCCUGCAUGACCACUACAGAAUAGCUAACCUACAAAGUUCCGCUCUUGGUUUUGGAUUUUUACUAUAAAAGUGAUAGAAAUUCAAUGAAAUUAGCCCAUGCCACUGCAUUACUAAGUAUGCAUUAUCUUUGUGAACUAUUAAAGUAAUAACAAUAUUGGGUUUAGUCUUAAAAUCUGAUCCUUUCUGACAAACUUUUAUGCUCUUUCAGUGCCUCUUUUUUGAAUUUGUUGGGGCUACAUGUGGACAUGAGUUUCCAAGCUUAUGUUUGCAGAAUUAGUAAGUGCAGAAUCAGCAAACAAGUUUUAGUCUGUUCUAAUCUGAUUGUACAGCAGUUUUUAGUGAUACAGAAACAUGCUGGUUUAUAGCAUUACGCAUUUAAUGAUGGAGUGUUACGCAUUUCUAAUGAGAAUUAAGGUUGGAGCACGCUUUUGAUACAUGUUGCAUGUUUGUAUCCUCUCACAAUGCUCAGGACAAACAAACAACAAAUUCCUCUGCUUGGAUUCUCAUACCAUUAUUUUCUGUUUGCUUUCCAAACCACAGAGCAUCCCUUUCACCCUGCAUGCAUUCCAGAAGUAGAAUACCAGAAUGGAACACUGCCAACCUUACAAAAGAAAGAUUCAUCUUUCAAAUUGGUAGGAAACUUGGGUAUUUAAAAUACGUUCAGGUAUUUUUUUUUUUUGCUUUACGAUAUUUCAAAUACAAAGCUACAUUUUUAGCACAAUAAAAGCUGUUAUUAUGUCCUUGCUCCUUAUCCGAAAAAAAAAAAUUACAGGGGUUCUUUUUGAAUUGGUUUGGAAGAUUAAGUGAAGGCAGGCUUCAGUAUCCAAGAACUUUUGAUUUGUUUGUAGCCUUUGUCUUUUUUCCAGGCUAGAACUUUGUAAUUCUAUUCACUUUUUAAAUGCUAUGUAGAUAGCUUCUCACUUUUACUGUAAUUUAGCGCUAUUUUGGUUUUAUAUUGAAAUCAGAGAUUAAGCCUGACUGAAAGUCUAACAGUACUCUCCAAGUUAAUUAGGUAUCUACUAGGAUCAUUUGUUUCUUAUGAAAAACAGAAUAGUAAUAAUCAAGUGCCUCUAGGCCAACAUUGAAUUAACAUUUGAACACCUAUUAGAGUGUUUGUGGCUUGUGCAAAUAACUCAGUUACAAUAAUUAUCACUGCAAUUAAUUUCUAAUGAUGAGAAACUUAAAGUGCUAUUGAUAGCAAACUCCACAUUUAAUUUAAUCAAGAUGUGUAAUGAGAUUAACUUCCACAACUGAGCUGUGUUUCAAUUCCAAGUGAUUUAAAUGUUUUCCCUUUUCAGUUGUAGUAAGGUAAAUUACUGAAGAGAUGAGAGACAGUUAUGUCACAUGCUCAAACAAUUUUAUAUUCAGUAAAUACUCAUUAAAUAACCUUCAACAUCUUCCUGCACUUUCAUGCUAAUACAGAAGGAAAGCGUGCUUUAAUCAGACUGUGUUUAAAUCAAACAUUGGCAGUAGCUAGACUGUUAAACUGAGCAACAGAAACUCCUGAAUAAUUUCAAUCCUGUAUCCCUUAAUGAGGUUGGAGACCACUGCAGUUUAGCGUAAGACAAUAAUAAAAUAUUUUAAUCAGUAUUAAAACUUUAAUUAGGCCCAUAAUGAUGCAUGCCUGUUCUUGCUGAAAGCAGGGGUCAGUGAAUUCCUCAAUGAGUGCCUUACAGUAAUUGAAAACAAGCACAGGUAAGGUAAAGUAUCUCUAGGCUGUACUGUCUUAUUUUAAAAUGUGGUUGUGUCUUUCUUUAAUGGUGCAUAAACUUUCUUUUUCCAAUUUAAGUGAAAGAUUCCAAGAUCCAACCAUAGCCUAUAAUUUUCAGAACUUAUUUCUAGAUAACAGCUGAAGUUAAGAAGUCCUUACAAUAACAAAAUUAUUUUUAAGCAGAGUAGUAUCUCCUUAGAACACAAAUACCCCUCAAAAUAGCAUAGUAGAAAUUUGAGGUGUUAGAUUCACAGUAUUUUCAAAAUUAUUUUAACUUCUGCAGUUAGCAGUCACUAAGGCCUCCACAGUUUGUGACUUUUAAAUAAUUCCAACCGUUCUAGUACCUGAAAAAAUACCAAUUUGGACGGAGAGACAUAUUUCAGUGGCUAUUUAGUAAAAUCUUCAGAAGACUAAUCUCUAUAAAACAGAAAAUGCCAAGGAGCAGACCACUUACCAGCUCAGCAGAAGGAAGAUGCUCAUCAGGACAGUGACCCUAGCAGCCUCAGCGGCUGCUUCAUGCCCCUGAUUUAAGGGCUUGGCUGCAGAGCAGAGCAUGCUGGGGAGGGCUCCAGCGGCGGUGAGUGGUCAGCCUCUGCCAGGGUGCUGGGCUGAGGGACCCCGGGUAAAAAGGGCUGCGUUCCCUGUCCCUAGACGUUGGGUAUAUUGAGACUUCUAGGAGAUACGUGGUGUUUUAUUUGUUUGAAAAUUACUUUCUCUGCUUCCUGUGUCUUUCCACAAUACACCUACAUUGCGUUAAAACUCUUAAUUUUUUUGUAACAACUUCUGCUUAUUCUUGAACUACAUCAUCCCAAUGCAUCUUAUUUCCAAGUGGCUGUUGUAGCAUCUGUUUCAUCGUAUUAAGUAUGAUUCAUCCCCAUGAACAACACUUGUGGCAGUGCACUAUAUGAAUGAGACCAUCAUGAUUUCUGCAAUAUGUUAUAUAUUGUCUGUAAGGACUAUUAAGUAAGUAAGUUGUGCAUUAUCAGUGGAAUUGCAAGCAUGAAAGACUUACUUCUUUUAGAUAACAGAGCCAAAAUGUUAUCAAGUAGCCAGAAUGUUUUAGAGGAGAGAAAAGCCUUUGAGAUCCAUAAUUAUAUUUUCAGUUCUUGUUUCAAUAUUCUGCUGGACAAAUCUAACAUAUAACUAUUUUAUAAUAUGUUGUUGUACAGAGAUGUAAUGACUAUUGUAUACUAAAUAAACUUGUGUCACUAGAAAAA